UUUGUUUGAAAUGAGAUUAAUACUAGCUUUUGAGCUAAUGUGGAUGAAUGCGCGUGAAAGCCGCAAAAUUUUAUUUUUUUUCCUUCUUUUUCUUCUUUUCUUUUAUUCUCUUUCUUGUUUACUUCUCCCUUAUUACUCCAUCCGCCAUUUUCACACCCCCCCAGCUAGCUUCUUCCAUUUUCUUUUAUUUUUUUCUUUUUUCUACCUUUUUUUCUAUUCUUUUUUUUUUUUGUAAUGCUUUUACUUUUUCCUUUUUUUUUUCUUUUCCUUUUUUUAUUUUUACAUUUGUCUUCUUCCUUGUAGUAUUUCGGAGAAUAAGUUAAUGAUUUUAGCGAGAAGCCAAACCUUUACAAUUAUGUUUUUUCCUUUUCAUUUUACUUCUUUUUUUCUCAUCUAUAUUUUUAUUUUCUUUUUUCUUUAUUUCCCUUUUUCUUUCUUUUUCCCGUUUUUUUCUUUACAAUAUUUCUCACCGGGAAAAAUGGUGAUUCCGGCGACAUCAUCUUUCUGCCAAGUUAUCUCUACCAUUUAUUGUCCUGUUUUUUUUUUUUUUUUAUAAAUUUAGAAGAUUAGUUUUACGCUAUUCAAAAGGCCUCACAACUUUAUCAUGUCUAUUAUCUCCGGCAAUCUUUUGAUUUAAUAUAAGAGUUUUUCGGUGGGUGAUGUAGGAUGGUCGGCAAUGAGGAGAAAAGGGGGAAGGGGGGUGUUAUGGGUACAAGAGGGAUCAGAAAUGGUGAAGAAAGAGAUAUAGAGAGAAAAAUGUAAAAGAAAAAGAAUAAAAUAAGAUUAAAAAGACAAAUAGAAAGGUAAACUCAAAAAAAUCAAAACAAAAUAAAUUUGACAUGCAAAGAUUAGCUCACUAAUUUCAAUUAUUGUGUAAGUAUGUGAGACACCCUUUUUGAUUAACUUAAGGCUCACUGAUUAAGAAUGAUUAGGGGUUGUCUCGGUCAAAUUAGAAAUAAAAAAAGUUUGGGGUAAAAUUUAAAAUACUAAAAAAUAAAAAAACCCAUCUUCUAAUCUAACUUGUCUCUUUCUUCCCUUUUCAAAACAAGACACGAUUAUCCCCUAAACUUUUUCAACUUUUCUCUCAAAUUCAAUCUCCAAAAUCAAGAGUACUAUAUGGCUCCAAAAAUCGGCUCCAUUCCAUUUAAAUUUGAUUUGGAGUUGAGAUUCCAUCAUCAAGAUAAAAUAAAAAAGGAAUGUGUGUCAAAGACAGGUGGAAGAGGAAGAGAUAAAUCUUUUUCCAAAAGAUCUAGCAAAAGAAUUAAGACAUGUCAAGAGGAUGAACUACAAAAAUUAAUUAUAGUUGAAGUGGAAGCCAAACCUUUUCAGGUAGUAGUAGGAGGAAAUGUUGGAGAAGAAGAAAAAGAGAAAGAAAAUGAAGAGGAAAUUGAGAAAGAGAAUAAAGAGGAAACAUGGAAUGUACUACGAGGGAAUGCUAGAGAAGAAGAAACAGAGAAAGAAAAAGAAGAGGAAACAGAAAAGGAAGAAGAAGAGGAAACAAGGAAAGUAAGAGAACAAAAGGCAAAUGUUGAUCUUCCGCGAGAUGACACAUAUUGAUUAAACGUCAACCUAUUGAUUAACCUAAGAAUACUUCAACAUAAUGAUCUUGUAGAUUUAACGACAAUGAUAGGUGUUUGAAACAACAACGUUAGAUGUUUCAAACAUCAUUGCAUAUGGAGCAUAUAUUUAAUUUCCUUUUUUGUACUAUGAGGGAAUCCUAUAAAUUUAAUUACCCCAGCAAGUG